AUGGUUGACGGAAAAGCACUGCGCCGAUUCUGCAUGAUGGCGACUGUUGGCUUCCCCCAGAUUCAAUCUCAAACGCCGACCGAGUCCUACCGCAAACGCAUCAGUAGCUGCAUAUGUGAUUCAAGAUCUGGUCGUAAAAAUGUCAACCCGGGCGAUGUCCUGGUUCGACGGUUCCAUCUUGAAGACUCGUCCCGCCGCCUUAGAGGCAGUGUUCGUGGCAGACAUCUGGUCGCGCGACGUUCUGGAUAUCCUGCGAACAGUACUGGUGGAUCCGAUGUGGACAACGAGUUAUCAUCAAUUAAAAAUCUUGGCUUACAAGAGAUUGGCGUGGAUGUCGACGGAUUGAGCAGUGAUGUCGGAAUUGUCGAUAGCACAGAAACAUUGUCGCUUCACCGGGAAUUUUCCAUCCCGGGAUCUGUUCGUGUGACGGACGGCCGCUGCGGAAUUCCAAAAGUCAACCUCACCCACCCUGGUGGUAGCUUUUGCGACGUUUAUCUGCGUGGAGGCAAUAUUCUUUCUUGGGUACUCGCAAAUGGCGGCGAGGUUUUCUAUACCCCCGACGGCACAGAUUUGGCUUCAGACGCAUUGAGUGAUUGGGGCACCUCACUUUGUUUUCCACAAUAUGGUGGAGAACACCAGCUAGCUGGUACUCCACCAGGCAAAAAACUUUUACCGACCGAUGGACUUACCAAAACUGCGAACUGGACUAUCGCGCAGACGGGGCUAUAUGAAGAUACCGAGGGAGAGUAUCCAUACGUCAUCAUCGAAACUGCUGACUCAGAGGCCACGCGCGCAGUUUGGAAUAACGGCUUUCACAUUGUCAUGGAAAUUGCGUUGCACCACUCUGCGUUGGAUAUCUCUCUGACUGUGAAGAAUACCGGAGACCGUCGUCUCAAAUACUCUUUUGCCCUGAAAAAUCACAUAGCAGUUGCCGAUAUCGAAGAUCCUUCUGCAAAUUAUGUUGGUUUCAAUGAUUGUCUAUACAUCGACAGCAAACUCCACGAGUCGAAAUCGCGAGUACGGUUCUCUAAACAGCUAAACAAGCAGGGCCCGCUCCACCUGAAAAAGGCUAUAGAUAGAGUUUAUUUUCAAACUCAAAACGAUACCGGAGUUGAUACCGGCACAGGUUGCACUGUGUACGUUCGUAAUCUGUGUUCGGCUGAAGAAGAUGGGUUUCUGGAUCGAGCGAUAUUUAAUCCAUGGAAAGAGCAGGAUCCUGUCAACUAUCGCUGGUAUGCGGGGCUUGCAAUCGGGGCAAUCGGCGAGCCCAUUAAAGUUGAUGCAGGAAUGACGCGCACUCAUCAGACGCGAAUCGAAGUGCAUGACGUUUCGAGCAUCGUGCCUGUAACAGAAAGGAUGAACGCUUACAAUAAUUACUCUGUGUUAAAUAUGGCAUCUCACAAAAGUAACAGUCCUGAUGAUAACCUUCCACACGAUUUUCAAUGAGCUUUCGCUAGCUUCUGGUGAGGCUUGUGUUGUAGGGGCCUGAAUUUGUCGAGACGUACGAGUGCUUGAUAUUUUCCCCCAGCAAAGCGAAACAGCAACAAAGCAAAAUGUGUUGAACAAAUUUCUUUUAUGAAAGGCCGCCAUCAACAGACUACCUGUGAUUUUCACCGUUUGUGAGUUCACAAAACUUCGGCAAUAUGGAUCCAUUUCCUUUGUCGGUUUCUGCGCGAGUCACAACAUUUUAUAGAGCCUCGCCGCGUCUGAAUCUUUCAUUUGUAUUCUCUUGUGGGGAAAGUUAUCAUUACAUUUGAAUAUCUAUCAUGAUUGCUUCGUCCUGUGCAUCUGAUUUCGCUCACUGAAUAUUUCUUUCACGUCAACAUUUUCCCUGCUCACAGAUUUUCCAGAUUGCCAACCUUUCUUUUUCUGUGCGCAAAAAUUGGUCUGCAUGAGCUUAUUUUUUGUUAGGCGUGCUCCGACCAUGCCGACAUCGUAAAAUGCGAAGCAGGCUUGAAAUGAGGCCAUUUUUCUGCCUUCGCGAUACUAAUGCCUCCAUGCACAACUCAGAUUCUUUGACAAAUUAUCUAGACUUUUAGGGAGUGAUAAUCAGCGAAAACAGUAUUGACCAGGUGUUUAAAGCACUUGUACUCUUAUUACCUUCGUAUAAGCUAUCUUCGCGUAACUUUCGCCCGGUUCAACAU